CUUCGACCAUCCAACUCCAAGGCAGCUCAGCCUUCGGUCGCUCGAGCAGCUUCUGUUCGCCGAGUUGUUCACCACUAGCGCCCCGCUGAUUCCAGAGCCAUCAAAACCCCUCGUGACCCUUCAAGAAUACUGCAUCGCUUUGUGCAGCGCUGCGAGCGCUGUGCUUCAUUCGUUCGCCGGAUCUCCCGACCCAAGGUCCUGCUUGGACAGGGUCGCAGCACCGGACGUCAAGCUCGCGCCGGAAGCUCUCGGCUAAAUCCUCUGCUCUCGGUAUCAACUCGCCUUGUGUUCGCUCUAAGGAUUCACGCCGACACCGGGCGCCACAGGCGGCCAUGUCUGGCACAGGCUGCGUCUACAAUCGUGUGCGGGCCACCAGGCAGCUCUUGAAGCGCUACCGAACCCCGCCCUUCUCGCCAUCUCUCAGGCUGCACAUAUGGGUCGGAGGAUUCAGGUUUGAUGGUGGAUCCGGUACCUUCACCCUGCAGUCUCCUUUAAAGACGAUCAUCACCUACAUUGUAGCUGGGAGGAUCCCACCGGAUCUGCUCGAUGUGAUCCACUCGUGCGGCGUGCGGUUCUAUGAAGGUGCUCUGAUUGUCGAGGUGCACGAUCACAGACCAGUCUUGGCGCGCAAGGCCGAACCAAUCGAUGUUCCAAAGUACGGCUUUCAAGAUCCUUAUGCUGCCGAGUCUACAUCUGCUUCAGCCACUGCGGGGAGCUCUGGAGCAUCAGCAGAUCCUGGCUCUAGCAGUGCUGGGCGCACAUCCAUGCCAACGACAGGAGCUACUGUGGAGAUCUACAGGCUGGUCCUUUGGCCGAACGAUGAGACGCUGUGGGUAGACUUGCGUUUGAUGGACACGCGCGAAGGCAAGGAGUGGAGUGACGAGGAUGCGUUGCUGGUGGAAGCAAAGAUCUUGAACUUGACGAGCCCAUUACUCUGUCUCGAGCCGGACUUUCAAGCCACACGAAUCGCCAACUUCAUGAUGAAUGCCACUGCCAACCCAGCCUCGGAGCUUAAUUUAGCCCCCUCUGGCACCUUUGGUGGUCCUAUAGACAUUGACCCCAACACGGGAAUGGCGAGAUUGCCAGCCGCUGGGUCGAAGAGGAACUCGUCGCAGGCAGACAAGGAUGAGGAAGAUCGCAUUAGACGAAGUAAGAUCAUGAAGCUCAUGUCACAGGGUGAUGAUGACCAGCAAGAUCGAGCUAUGGCCAUGCUAAGCGGUACUUCAAACGCUACGUUUGCCCCAAGUUUCUCGCGCAUGAACUUCAUCUCGGACUGGCGAGCGAAGCGCAUGGCAGAUGAAAUGGCGAAGAAUGGUCGUGCUCCCCCGAACGGGGCUAGUGCGAAUGGUGGCGGUAAUAAUGAGAAUGGUGAAGGCAGCUCAGGCGCCGCGUCGAGACCGGCUGCCAAGAAGAAGAGAAAGCGGUCGCAAAAGAAGAAGGAUGAGGAUGACGCCGAGAGCGACAAGGACGUACCAUUGGCCGCAAGUUUGUCCGCUGCACCAGAAAAAGCUAAGAAGCUGACCAAGAAGGAAAGAACGAAGCUUAAAGAGGAGCAAGAGCGUGCAGAGCAGGAAGAGAAAGAGCGUUUGGAGAAGGAGGCAGCCGCCGCCGCUGCUGCCAAGGCAAGCACAUCCAAAUCCAAGAAAAAGAUCUCUAAGAAGCAACGCGAGAAACAAGAUGCCGAAGCAGCCGCCCAGGCUGCUGCAGCCCCCGGAGCAGGCAGCGUGGAGAGCACUCCCGUCAAGACUGAAGCAAGCGGGUCAGGCAAAAAAGCCUCGUCGAGUUCUGCAACGAAGAAAAGCAAGAAGCCGCAGACGCCGUCUACUCCUGCUGCUGCAUCUGGCAGUCAGCCGAUUCAGACACCCGUGGUGCCAUCUUCUUCCGUCGUAGCUUCUCCCUCGAUCGGCAACCUGCCCGGCACCCCUCACUCCGGCAAUUCUGCUCAGAUGUCCGCUCCAGGACAGUCGAACAUGGCUCCGGGUCAACCACACAUGCUCACGCCUCAGCAGCAACAUGCACACGCCCAAGCUCAGAGGAUGAUGUCCAGCAUCAUGGCUCAACAGCAGCAGACGGGAUCGCCUCAUCAGCUCGGCGCUAUGGUCGGUAUGGGUCAGCAAGGUGGGGUGCCUGGCGCGAUGGCGCCUCAACAGUCUCAGGCUGGUCAUCAACCUCAGCCGCCUGGGCAAGGUCAGUCGCCCACGCUACAGCAACAGCAGAUCAAUCGUUUGGUACAGCAACAGAUGCAGAACAUCGCCGGCCCAAACGUCAAUUUGAAUCAAUUGCCACCGCAACACAGGCAAAUGCUCGUCGUCCAAGCGAUGCGCCAGCUGGGUGCCUUGCUUCCGCAGCAAAACAACUCGAGCGGCAACCAAGCCACCCCACAGCAGCAGGCGAUUCAAGCUCAGCAGCAGCAGCAGCAGCAACAGCAGCAACCACAGCAGUCGCAGCAGCAACAGCCGCCACAGGCUCAGAUCCCGCAUCAACUUCAGAUGGCUUUGCAAGGAUACGCUCAGAAUAGCAUGGGCAACCCUAUGGGAUCCGGAAACGUUGCAUUUCCGAUGCAGCAGCAGCAGCAGAUGAACCCAACAGCCUCUCAAGCUGCCGCUCUAGCAGCCAUCUUCCAGCAGCAACAGCAACAACAGCAGCAGCAGAACUCGAUGCUGCCACAACAGCAACUCCAGCAAGCGGCCAUGAUGCCCGCGUUCCAGGCUAUGAUGGCGCAGAAUCAUGGGCAGAACAGUGCGAACGGAAUGAUGCAGUCGAGUUCUCCGCAAGCUCAGCAUCAGCAGACCGGACAGCAAAAUCAGUCCAACUUCAACGCGAAUACCGGAGGCUUCAAUACGAGCUUCUUGGGCAACGGUGGCCAGUGGGGCAGCUCGGGAUGAGAGGGUCGAGCCUUUCGCGCUUUCCCUCCGCAAAGUAGGUCCUUCGCGGCCCUUUGUUGUUCCACUGUCGCACGUGCAGCCCUCCAUCGGUUCGUUUCGUCGACCACUUGUACGACAGACUUCG